AAUAAUAAUUAACUAAUCAAAUACAGGAAUAAAAAUGUUAACUCUGACAACCCUGAUCAAAACACAGGAAGUGGACACGCGCACUGCCUCUUCCUACUCCUUUUCCGACAUGUUGAAUGAUGUAAGCGAGAUGUUCCUUAAUGUAACUUGGCUAAGCAUGUCUGAAAUAAAAUAAAAGCAACAAUUCCAGUCUAACCCAGCAGCUCCUCUGGGAUUCACCCCUUCCAUCCGUCUACUGUGCCGUGCCACGCAAUCUAUGUAAAUGAGUGUAAAUUCAAUUUGACUGCCUCUCUACCCCUCCUCAACUUUUUUUUUCUUCAUCCUCCCUUCCCAUGAAAUCAUCUUUUUGUUAGUCACAUAUCUUUCUUCUACGCCCGUUUAAUUUGAAACCUUUUUAAAAACACACACACAUAAUUAGCAUUUAAAUCUCUCAGUCGCCCCUCCCUCGCUCGCUCGCUCGCUCGCUCUCUGGUGGACUCGACAUGUCUCGGUCGCUAAGGCAACCAAUGCUUUUUUUUUUUUUCUCUUCUCCUCCCUUGCUCUCCCCUCUUUUCCCCUCACUCUCUGUCUCAUUCCCUCUCUCCAGUUGCCAGAGGUAGGCAUGAAGAGUGAUACGUGUCGGCCUGUGUGUGUGUGUGUGUGUGUGUGUGUGUGUGUGUGUUUGAGUGACAUUUUGCUUGGCAUUUACGCAGCAGUUGUAGAUGAGAAGUUGCCUGGCGCCGCUCAAAGUGUCAUUUGGACUUGGUGUUGGGCUGAUGAUGAUUUAUGAGCUGGCGUUGGGAGGACCGGAGCGGAGUGAGUGAUGGAUGUGGACUUUUUUGUGUUGAGGUGUUGCGAGUGAUGCAUAAUUGAGCGUUAAACUUCAAUGGACAUUUAGAGGAGAUUAGAGCUGGAAUUCUGCCAUCACUAUCCUUGUUAUCUGGCGAGCCGGACCCUCCCCCUUCGUCUUUCUCCCUCUCCUCUUCGUCUGUCUUAUCUUCCAGAGAUGAUCGGCGUGGUGGCGUCUCAGUGAACACGGCGAAGCGAUGGAGAGACGCUCCGUCUCUCCUGUCGCACGACUGACUGCCCUCGUCCUGGUCGCCCUGGCGACGCAGCCCUCCACCUGUAACCGUGACGACGGCGAGGGCGAGGAGCGGGUGGACGCCCUCUCCGUCCAGCUGUCCGUCACCACCCAGGUGACGCCCACCCCUCUCUGGGCGGUGGUGUGGGGACCCACGCAGCCCUUGGAGGACGAGACCUACCACUUCCUCUCCAGCCAGGAAACGGAGCACCUGCGCCAGCAAGGGGACCAGCGAGAGGCCGGCACUCCCGCGGCCGCCUCCGAGGACUGGCCCCGACCCGAUGCCAGCACGCGGCCUCGAGAGGGGUCUUGGAGCCAAGAGGACGGGAGGACGCAGGCGGAGGGGACAGAGCUGGAGGAAGAAGUGGACCCUCAGUUCUACGUCACUGUGACCAUCUCCUCGCUGCUCAUCCUGACUGCAAUCAUCAUCACCGCCAAACUCUGUUACGAUCGCAGUUGUUCCCAGCAUCCGCCCCCGCUCUCUCGCGGCGUGGCCCCUCCCCUCUCCCGCGCGCUCCCGUGCUCCCUUGCUUCCGAGGAGAGCCGCCAGACGCUGCACAGCACCUCCUCCUUCGCCGACCGAGAGAGGUAACGACUUGCCUUCGCCGGUGUGUAUGUCCAGGAUCCCGGUGGUGAACCUCUGAGGCGGCUAUUUUUCCAUACGCUGAAUAUUUCUGCCGUUGGAGCGUCAACAUUUUUUUUGCCUGCAGCAUCGUUUUUAUUUUCUCCAAAACUGUGAAAUGGGUUCAGGGACCAGAACGCACACUCCUCGGCUACCCCCGAGGUCUUUAAGAAGAAGAGGAAAGAAAAAAAAAAAAAAAACUCAUCUCGCUGCCUCUUUCCUUCCCUCCCCGUGUGCUAAAUUUCCUCCGCGCGGCUCUGCGUCACCGUUACGGCCCCCCGAGCUGCGACUCCACCGCUUGGACCCGCCAUGACUAAUUGACAAACAAACAGUUUAACAGCCGUGCAGCAUUCCAUUGCAGGACACAGUCUCUCUACCUGUGCUUCCAGUCUCCUCUCAAACCCAAGAAAACCAUGCCCGGAUUCCUCGCCAUCAUGCAUCAGCAUCUCCAGAGGAGGAUUUUGACAAAGCUGUUUAUCGGGGCUGCAGCCAACAGGCAAUGUGUUUAACAUGUCACGCUCCAAAAAUGCUCCCCGCUUCAAGAAUGUUGGAUAAAAAACUGCUAAUUCUCCGCGGUUUUCCUCCUGAUUUGUUCCUUUAAUUACCCGGCACUCACCUCAUAGCGAGCACCCUUUGUUCCCGCCCAGUGUUCCUUUCACCGUGCAGAUAAAAUAUUCAAGACGGGAAUGGAUAGUGGAGGAAUUUCUGCCAAGAAGCAACAAAUCCCAAAGUUUGUGUUUUCGUUUUCCUUCCUUCUUGUUGACAGUCAAGACAUUGUUGAAAACAAAACCCGCCAUCAUCUGCCUUCUCAUCUAAUAACUGUACGUCGUCCGUCUGUCGCCGUGGCACCAAAGGAACGUUCAUGUCGCGUCUGCCAGAUUUGCUUCAAAUCUAUUAUUCAUAAACGUCUAUUUUAUCUAUCAGCUCGUAACGUCCUAUAGAACCUCGCAAAGCCAAAUGUCAGAAGUUUGGUUUUCUCUGCAACUACUUCUUCGAAAUGACGCUUUAUGGACAAAAGUCUUGAGACAGAGCCCCCUAAUUAAUCUCGCUGAUGACGUUUUGGACCGUUCUGUGUUUCCGACAGGUUGGAAAUAACCUUUGGGAGGAACUACAAGUAGGGAUGGGUACCUUUUACAUUUCAACCGAUUUUCAGGUACCUAGGACAGUGUUUUUCAACCUUUUUUGAGCCGAGGCACAUUUUUUUUGCGUUGAAAAAAUGCGGAGGCACACCAGCAGCAGAAAUCAUUAAAAAACGAAACUCAGUUGACAGUAAAAAGACGUUGUCGCAAUUGUUGGAUAUGACUUUAAACAAUAACCAAGCAUGCAUCAAUAUAGCUCUUGUCUCAAAGUAGGUGUACUGCAGAGGUGGGUAGAGUAGCCAGAAAUUGUACUCAAGUAAGAGUACUGUUACUUUAGAGAUUUAUUACUCAAGUAAAAGUAAGG